AUGACACUCCGUAUGACGUCAGUGACUGACAUUAACAAUGGCGGCGCCCACGGAAAGCGUGAGUGAAACACCAGCCAGUAAAAAAGAUAAAAAGAAUAAAAAUCAAGUAGAUGAGAUUGAACUGCUCACCGUACCAGAGGGCUGGAAAGAGCCUAAGUUCAGCAAAGGGGACAACCCAAAAGGUUUGCUGGAGGUGAGCAGUUUCGCCACCCUCUUCCCCAAAUACAGAGAAGCGUAUCUAAAAGAAUGCUGGCCGCUGGUGCAAAAAGCACUUGGGGAUGUGUUCGUCAAUGCCACAUUGGACCUGAUUGAAGGCAGUAUGACUGUCAACACCACUAAGAAAACAUUUGAUCCGUAUGCUAUCCUUAGAGCAAGAGAUCUCAUCAAGCUAUUGGCUAGAAGUGUGCCAUUUGAACAGGCAGUAAGGAUAUUAGAAGAUGAUGUAGCGUGUGAUAUAAUUAAAAUUGGGACUCUGGUGCGAAACAGAGACCGUUUUGUUAAGAGGAGACAGAGGCUGAUUGGCCCAAAGGGCUCCACACUGAAGGCAUUGGAGCUUCUGACCAGCUGUUAUGUGAUGGUGCAGGGUAACACAGUUUCUGCUCUCGGCCCAUACAGUGGUUUGAAGGAGGUGCGCAAAGUUGUGCUGGACACCAUGAAGAACAUUCACCCCAUUUACAACAUAAAGACUCUGAUGAUCAAGCGAGAGCUGGCGAGUGACCCGGAGCUGCGCACUCAGAGCUGGGAGAGAUUCCUGCCCAACUUCCGACAUAAGAGUCUCUCCAAACGCAAACAGCCCAAGAAGAAGACGACAAAGAAGGAGUAUACGCCAUUCCCACCUCCUCAACCUGAAAGCAAGAUUGACAAGGAGUUGGCGAGUGGAGAGUUCUUCCUACGCGAGAGCGAGAAGAGACGCAAGAAGAUGAAUGAAUUGAAGGUGAAACAGGCUGAAGCUUUAUCAAAGAGGCAAGAGGAGCGCCAAAAAGCUUUUAUUCCACCGAAAGAGAAACCAGCCAUAAAAAAGACGAAAGCAGCACCUGCAGAGAAUAAAAUUGAUAUUCAAGCCAUCAAAGAUAAAGUCAAGAAGGCAAAAACUAAAAAGCUUGGAGCUCCUCCAGCAAAUCCUGUGAGCUCUGCUGUUAAAGAGACAAAGAAGAAGAAACUAAAGAGUUAACAUGUCCACUUCUGUCAUUGAGAUUUAAUGAUGUCAUCAUGAGUUAUUACAACAUUGUCUUAAUGUGUUUAUUUAAAACAUCAUUUGCAGUCGACAUUUAAUUUGAAACUCAGUUGAAUGCUUAAAUUUAUCUUGGACUUUACAGUUGAGAGGAGACUUUGUACCGUGUGUUAACAUCACAAAACUGUUAUCAUUUUCUCUAUGAAAGCCACUCAUACUAUUUUUAUUGUUGUGUCCUGUUCACAGUCUGACAUUUAUAUCAUUAUGUCCCCAUUACACUUGUCAGCAUGUGCAGAAUAUAACAACAGAUUCUUGAAAUGCUUUUUACCACAAUGCUACCCUGCAUUUCCAGAGUGAUAAAUGAAUAUUUUUUUCACUCAAUCCAACUGUUAUAUUGACUUUGAUAUUUGUAAAUAAAUUUGGAUUGUUUCACACUA